UUUGUGUGCUUGAGAUGGCUUCACUACCUGCUAUUUUAAACCGCUGCAGUCGCAAAAAAAAAACACUAACUUAACUCUGAACGAAAGGUGUUCAAAUUCAUUGUUCAUCUUUAUCAAAAAUGUUAGCGAAAUGAUCUCAACUAACAAAACCAAACGACUGCAGCCGAUAAAAAAAUGUGAACGCAUUUCGUACUAAUUUAGAAAUUGGUCAACCAAUUAAUUGUAAUUUGAUAAAUUAUUUGCGAUGUUUUCGUUGCGAUAAUAAUCUUCGAAACAAUUUUUUUCUUUUAUAUAAAAGCGAAAAUCAAAGGCUAUCAAUUUAGUUUCGAAUCGAAAUUUUUGUGUACUUGAGAUGGCUUCACUACCUGCUAUAGUACUCUUAUUGUUCGUGUCUAUAUCGGCUAUCGGAGCGAGCACUCUAAGAUGUCCCGGCCAUCUGUUUACAAAUGCUGUAAUAUCGCACCCUUACGAUGUGACCAAGUACUAUAAAUGUCACUCAUCUAGAUACUUGAUUGAAAUGCAAUGCGAUCCAGGAAUGGAGUUUAGUUCGCAUCGUGCGAUUUGUAUGAAAUCUGCCAAUUACGUGAGCGUUGUGCAACAAAAUGAUGAAGUUACUACACCAUGUGCCUGCCCAACAACAACUCCUUGUUCAAAUUCACCACCGCCACCUUGUGAGAUCGAAACAACAACAACUACUACAACUACGACCACGACUACUACUACCACAACUACUCCGUGCUCAUGUCCUACACAACCAUCUUGUCCAACUACUACUACACAGCAAACACCAGGUCCACCAACAACUACUACACAGCAGACUCCGGGUCCACCGACUACUACUACACAGCAAACACCAGGUCCACCAACUACUACUACACAGCAAACACCAGGUCCACCGACCACUACUACACAGCAAACACCAGGUCCACCAACAACUACUACACAGCAGACUCCGGGUCCACCGACUACUACUACACAGCAAACACCAGGUCCACCAACUACUACUACACAGCAAACACCAGGUCCACCGACCACUACUACACAGCAAACACCAGGUCCACCAACAACUACUACACAGCAGACUCCGGGUCCACCGACUACUACUACACAGCAAACACCAGGUCCACCAACUACUACUACACAGCAAACACCAGGUCCACCCACUACUACUACACAACAAACACCAGGUCCACCAACUACUACUACACAGCAAACACCAGGUCCACCAACUACCACUACUCAGCAAACACCAGGUCCACCAACUACUACCACAACACGCUGUCCCGAAGAUGAAUGCAAGGAAGGCGAAAGAGAAACAUCUACAGGUAUACCUUCCGUCACACCAUCACCUCCAGAUUAUUGCCAAAGUGGCGAAGAAGAUGUAGAUAGGCCUAUCAUUACAACGUCAUUCCCAUGCUAAAAACGAAAUGCUUGCGACAAGUUUUUGUUUUUCUUAAAAAAAUGUUACGAAUCAAAAUUAUUAUAAACGAAUAUUAUCUUAUCGAAGAAAUUUUAAAACAAUUAAUAACAAACAAACGUACAUCAUGA